UGGAUCUUAAGGGUACUGACUUUUUCAUUGCCUUUCCAGUGAAGCAUAGAAACUUAAAGAUUGGAGGUGUGCUAGAACCAAACAACCUCAGGUGGCAUAUCUCUUCCCCUCUCUUUUAUUUGGCAUUCAAGGUAGUUAUGGACACCCUUUCGGCAAAGAUCAUUCAAGUUUAAAGCACUCCUCAAAGCUCUUGUGGCGCAGCCCCAAACAUCCGACAUGCGAUCGCAGAAGUGCGUAGUUACAUUGUAACAGGUUCUUUAGAAAUUCUUUUUUCGUUUUUGUUUUUCUCUUCUUUUGUACACGUAAUUUACAGCGACGGGGGUUCAAUACCCUUCCUAAGAAUUUUUACUUUAAACCGAGGUGUCGUAACUACCGCCUCUUCACGUCUCGCGCGCUUCGUCUCCUUCGGUUUUCCAGCUUCUCAUGUGUCUGAUAUAAAGGAAAACCGCUUAUCAUGACGCGGGGGCUACUUUUCUUACUGGUGCUGCUCUUCAUGAGUAGCAUCGUCAGCUGUGACUUGGAGUGCGAGGAUUUGCCGGCAGAGGAUUGUGCAUUUGCGGUCUCGUCGUCGGGAGCCAGAUGCAUGCUUCAAAACGCAACCAACGAACUGAAAUGCCAAACGUCCAUGGUCAUGUCGGACAAAAGAGUGGAAUGGAUUGAGAGUAGCGAGUGUAUGCAGUCGUGUGGAGUCGACAGAAUGACGGUUGGAAUGUCCCCAGACGCGUUGCUCGACAAGUCUUUUCUUCCCAAGCUCUGCAGCCCGAGCUGUCAGAUUAGCUGCCACAACAUUUUCGAUCUUUACGUUAGUCUCGCCGUUGGCGAAGGUUUCUACUUACCGAGUCUCUGCCAAACACAACCUGUGAGGGUGCACAGAAAGAUGAAGGUCGACUCGACUCCUCUUAUCAAGCCUCCGGACGAGAGUCUUCCAGCUCCAGCUCCAGCGCCCGAAUUAUCAGCAGCUCAAGGAAGUGUCCCCGCGGGCUCGCCGUCGCCAACGUCAACUCCAUCUAUUCAAGCACCAGCUCAAGCACCAGCAAUUCAAGUACCAGUUCCAGCACCAGCACCAGCAAUUCAAGCACCAGAACAGGCAGAAGCAGUGCAAGCACCAGUUCCAGCGCCGCAGCAUGUCCAAGCACCGGCUCCAGCACCAGAGCAAGCAAAUGAGCCACCGGCACCAGUACCAGCUCUUCCAGUUUCAGUCGCGGCUCCGGCACCAGAGCUAACUCUAGCUCCGGCCCCGGUUUUACCAGCGGAGGAGCCUGUUCCAUUCUCGCCAACUUUGACACCAGCCGAGGAGCCUUUCCAGCCUUUCCCAUCUCCGCCAACUUUCGCACCGGCAGAGGAGCCGUAUCCAUCGCCAGUGGUGGCAGCACCAGCGGCAGAGCCAGCUCUAGCGGAGGAGCCAGCUCCGGCUCCAGUGGCUGAAGAGCCCGUCCAAGUUCCGGCCGAGCAACCAGCCGAAGCUCUUGCUCCAUCUCUCGAAGACGGCGGCUGGUCUCAAGAAGUCGAAACUCCAGCGCCGGCUCCAGUGGCUGCCUUGGCCGAGGCGGAGGCUCCUUCGGCUGCUACACCGAUUUACGAGUCACACUUUGAGCUCGAAGCCCCGCCUCCAAGCACGUACUACGACGAGGAGCCAGCAGCAGCACCAUCGGAGGAAUCUGGCGUCGCGGAGGCUCCAAGUUCUUCGAGUUCUUACGAGGAAGCUGUCCCGCCAACUUUGUUUGAUGGUGGUGCCGAGGGACCAGUGGAAGCACCGAAUGCUUUGGAAGGACCGGCUCCCUCCCAGGAAGAAGAAGCUCCGCCGCCAGGUUUCUAUGGCGAGGAAGAAGCUCCGGCCCCGGAUUUGCUCGCGAGCGGAGAAGAAGGCGAAGCUCCAUCUCCAUACAGCGAAGAAGAAGAAGCUCCAUCUCCAGCGUUUGAGCAACCGGAAGGAGGAGCUGAAGAAUCUGAGCAGCAACAAGGAGGAACUCGAGCUCCAUCUCCAGCGAUUGAGAAAGCUCCAUCUCCAGCAUUUGAGCAGCAACAAGGAGGAACUCCAUCUCCAUCUCCAGCGUUUGAGAACCAACAAGGAGGAGGAGCUCCACCACUACCUUUUUAAAUUUCCCUCGUAGUUUUGUAAUAUUAAGUCACUCGCGAUGCGUGAUGGAAAGAUUUCUCUUGCUGGAA